UAUAAACAUUAUGUAUUGUGCAGAUAAUUAAAUAAGUUGCACAAUUAUAUAUGCUUUGAACAUAUUUGGCUUGCUUCUUGUUUUGGGAAUAUUGUUCAAAAGCCGAGAAUUCUAUUUAAGGGAAUGGAGAAGAAUAAGACAAGUCAUCAAAGAUUAUACAAUGUAAGAAUAAAUAAUUAGUUUAUCGUAGAGAUUAUCGAAGUGGUGGAAAUUUUCCAAUAUUCGCAAAGUUUUUAGGCGUGUUAUUAGGAUUUUGUAUCUUAAUAUUGGCAAGCAUAGUUUCUGUAUAUAUUUUCAUAUAUCAAAGAUAAUUCUGUGGGACACUAGUUUCGGGUUCAUGGAGAUAUCCAAUGUGUUUUUGUGGACAACCUGUGCUUUCCUAUUUUACAUUGAUUAUCGCUCUAUUUUCAAGUUUUCAAAGUAUGAAAUCCUCUUUAUAUAAAGAUAAUUACGACUAGCUUUAGCUAUUAUUCUCAUUAUUUAAUUUACAUCAGGUUUAGUAUUUGGAAUAGAGAGAAAUUUGGAAAAAGAAAAUAAAGGACUUGAUGAUUUAACUGUAGAGGCAUCAGUCUAUUUGUGUAAUUUCAUAAUCGUGCUUUUUAUUAAUAUAAUAAGCUUAUUCUUUCCAAAGUUUGAAUAUCAAAAAUUAAACAAGAAUAGCGAUGAUAAUAAUUUUAUUAGCAUCAAUACUCUUUCACAUCAUUUGAUUAGUGAUGAAUCAAUCUCUCUUUAAACGUAAAAAUAGAACUAUAUCACCAAUUCAUCAAGUUAAAGACAAUCAAUAUCUAAGAAUCCAAAAAGGAAUCAAUCAUUUAUAGAUUAAAUAGAGGAGGGCAAAAAGGAUGAUUAAAAUUCUUUGGGAUCUUCAAGCAUAUAAAAAUUAAAAUAGGAACAGUCAGGAUUGAUUGAUCUAACUUAUGGAUUAAAGAAGGAAGAAGAGGCUAUUUAAAAGGAGAAGGAACAAAAGGAAUUGAUGAGUUAAAUUUAGGACAUGCAUAAAUAGUUAGAUGAAAAAUUAAACAGAUUUAAAUAAGAUAGUGAAAUCAAUCAAUAGGAAUAAGAGUAAUCUCCUGUUAAGGAUAAGGUGCAAAAGAAAAAUACUUAAGAGUUAACCGAGCUUUCAGACUAAUUAAAUACAUAAAAAUAACCAGAGGCUAAUGCAAAUUAAAAAUAUGAAAUUCAGAGCAUAAAGAUUGAAGGAUUUGAAGAGAUUAAGAAACAAGGAAAAAGAUUCAUAUAUUUUAAGAUAUUCUACUUUUCAAAUUCUAAAUAAAGACAAGUCAGAACUGAACAUAAUUUGAAAGAAUUUCAAUAAUUAAGAUAUGACUUAUCAUAAAUAUAUGUUAAUCACUCAUUCCCAGAAAUACCUGAGAAAAAACCCAAUGAAAGGUUAACAGGGAAAGAUGUUGCAAGUAGAGGAGAGGCUCUUGAAAAGUUCUUAUAAUUUAUAGUUUAAAAUUAGAUGUCAUGCCCAAAAUUAGAUAAAUUUUUAGAGGAAACCUCAGGACCUGUUCUUAUUGAAGACGAAAGUAAAUUGUUUUCUUAAAUUUUAGAAGAAACAAAUAUAGAUCAAGUAUUGAAAGAUAAGUCAUUUGAUGACUUCCUAGAAAUUAGAAAGGGAAGCAUAACUUCUAAGUAAAGUUAUCUAGAUAAAGACUUUAAUGAAGAGAGUUUUGAACCAAAAAGUAGUUUCAGUUCAUCCUAGUAUGACUAAACAUCAUAUUUCUCAAAAAAUCCUGAUCGAUUUUAAUCUAAUACAUCAUCAGGGAUGGGAAAUGGUCAUAAAUUUAUUAUUAAGGAAGUUAAAACCGCUUAAUAAAUUACUGUAUUAAAUAAUAAUAAUAAAAUAGUAUUAUAAAAUUGAGGGAUCAAUAAAUGGUCAAACUGUUGCAACUGUUUAAAGAAGGUAUAAUGAUUUUAAAGAUUUGUAUAAAAAGGUUAGAUUAUUAUUAAUUUUAGCUUUAAGAAAGACAAUAUUAAAUCCCUAUUUUACCAAAUGAACCCGUUUAAAAAUAGUAAGAUGUUAUAGCUUAUAGAUAAGAAGCUUUAGCAUAAUUUUUAAAUGCCUUGUAUUAAAAUAAAUCAGUAAAAACUAAUAUGGUUUUUAAAGAAUUUGUGGGUAUUUGA